AUGACAGAUCGCAAAUCGUAUCCGAUCUUAGCCACGAAGCCGUUCACUGUGUUGGCAAAUAUAACGAAUAAUGGUGAAGAGUAUGAUAAUGUGGAGACAUAUAUGAAACUCUGGAAAUGGGGUGGAUGGUUCGGCUGCAGCUGGUAUCGAGUACCAGCUUUCGGAGUCCUGUAA